AUGCUUCACUUGGAUCCUACCCAUUUUGAAGAUGUUCCACCCUCUUCUAAUGCUUCAACAGAAUACGAGACAGUGGAUGAUGAGGUUCAGAUUGAUUUGGGAAGUUAUAUUUCGAACUACCAGGGAUACAUAUACUACCAGCGCCUCUUUUUUAUUGCUCAGCGGUGCCCUUCUUUGCGUGUUGUAGCACUGCGCCUUGCACACGAUUACAUCAAAAAGUCUACAUUGGACACCUCCGCAUACAACAAAAUAUUUUUAAUGUUAGCCGAGCAGACAAACUUUUCUGUAGCUGACUCAUCAGCAUCCGGUGAGACUUCUAGGCAACAACAGCAGUCGGCUUUCUCAAUGCGCCUUAUCACAAACAAUCACCUUUCAGAUGGCUUGUCUUUAUCUAAUCCAAGUGAAUUAGGAGUGCUGGGUUCCUCUCUUACGGAAGCUUCCAGAAAUAUUUUAACUGAGGUCAUGUCCGGAAAAAACGAAGCCAAUUUGGUUUACGACGCGAAAUGGGAAGAGUCUACAAGGCGGAAAGGUGUUAUGCUUUUGGAACAGUUAGAUACAGAAUUAAAAAAUCACAAGGCAAAUUCAAUUAAAGAAAGCAUACGUCGUGGUUCUGAUGAUCUUGGUGAUUUGUAUUUACAGUUAGGACAAUUGAGCAAUGCGAAUAAAUGUUUUGCUCGUUCCCGAGAUUAUUGUACAUCUCAACAACAAGAACUGACUAUGUGUUUAAAUGUUAUUAAGGUGGCUAUAUUUCAACGUGCUUGGUCUCAUGUUAGUGCACAUGUUACUCGAGCCAGCAGUUUAUCUGAACUACGUGAUACUGCCCCAUUAUUAGGUGCAAAUGCAGCCGAAUUAAAUGCUCAACAACGAAGCCGUACUGAAGCCCUAGCUCGUUUGGGUACAACGCGUACAACAACUGCUGGCACAUCCGGUGAAUCUUCCACACGUGGCUCUUCUAGUUUAAUAGACCCUUCAAGCCGCAUUUCAUCUCGACACCCUGGUGAUAGUAUUGGAGGUCAUAUUCCUACAUCAGGUGGUCAAAGUUAUCGUGAUGCCUUAGCUCAAGCCCGAACUCAGCUAGCUAUUGCUGCUGGACUAGUUGAAUUAGCUUCUCGUAACUACAGAGGUGCUGCAAUGAAUUUCCUUCAAGUUAAUCAUGAUCAUUGUGAAUCACCUACUAGUCGGAUUGUAACUAUAUCAGAUUUAGCAUUUUUCAUUACAUUAUGCAGUUUGGCUACAUUUGAACGUACUGAAUUAGCAACAUUAGUUCUUGGGAAUGCAUCGUUGAGAUUACUUUUGGAAGCAGAACCUGCUUGUCGUGACAUGUUACAGUCGUUCCAUCAAGCAGAUUACGCAUCUUGUUUGGGGCGAUUAAAUAAACUACGAAAUAUUCUACGGUUAGAUAUAUUUUUGUCUGAUCAUGUAUCUGCAUUAUGUCGAGAGAUUCGAUCACGUGCACUUUGUCAGUAUUUCAGUCCGUAUUCAUCAGCUGAUUUAAAUUUGAUGGCUAAAGCAUUCGAUACAAAUGUAGCUAAUCUAGAAAAUGAAUUAGCAGUACUUAUCCAAGAUGGAAGUAUUAAAGCUCGUAUUGAUUCACAUAAACAGCUUCUUCGUGUUCUUGACGUGGAUCAGCGAUGUCUAACGUUUGCUCGAGCUGUACGACUUGUUGAUGAGUAUAAAAAUCGUACACAUUCACUGAUACUUCGAAUGGCAUUAGCACGUCAGAAGCUUACUGUUAAGUCGACCAGAGAUGAUAUUGAUCCAAUGUAUCAUUACAUGUCAUAA